AUGAAAAGCUGUUCAGAGGGCCGAAAGUGCAAAAAAAAAUACAAAGCCCGAGCUUUUAAUUGUGGAAGAGAAUGGAUAACAGAUGGAAGUGGAAUGCUAAGUAAUCACAAAAGAAAUUUACUUUGCCCUUCUUUUCUACCAGAAUCAAAACAAGAUAAUCAGACAGCUCAUAAAGAGUUAUUCCCUCAAAAAGCACAUAAAAGAAAAGAGAACAACGUUAGCAACUUAGCACAGGGAGGGGAAUGGGAAGAAGAAGAAGAAGAGAGGAGGAAGAGGACUAUGGAAGGCAGGAGUAAUCAGCCUUGGGGAAAUGGUGCUUCUUUCUCUGCUUCUGCAAAAGUAGAGCCUUCCAAUAAGCCCACUAACCCAAAUUUUGAUCACCUCUUUGAAGGUUUGCAGGCCACCAAAGAAGAGCAAGGUGGAAGAACAUUUCAUAUGCAGAAUACCAAUAUGAAUAAUGAAUAUGGAACAUCCACAAACCCAUUUGAUUCUCCUCCUCCGGCUGAUUCUGCUUCUCCCACCAGCAGGCAGACACAAAAUCAACAGAAAACCAGAACUAGAGCCCUUUGCAGUAGCUUUGUGGAGGUUCUUCUUAGAGUAAUGGUGAUUGUUCUGCUUUUCCUGGCAUUUAUACUCAUUGCCUCUGAUUUCAAGAGUACCAGGGUACCUAAUGCUCUCGGCCAAGACCAACUCAAGUUCACUUGCUUUGAUGCAUUCAAGUACCUAUUGUCAGCGAGCAUGAUAGCCUGCGGAUUCUCCACAAUUCAACUUAUUCCUGAGCUGUAUCGUAUGUAUACUGGGGAAGUGCUGGUACCCGAGGAAUUCAUUCUGUAUUUCAAUUUCAUAACCGACCAGGUAAUUGCAUAUCUAUUGCUGUCAAGCACGUCUGCCGGAAUGACUGCAUCAGAGCUUGUUAGAAAUGGUUAUAAUAAGGUGUGGCCUUCACUUUGCAGUGGUAAUGGUUUCUGGAGUUUCUGUGCGCAGGCUGCUGCAUCAGUCAGCAUGUCUUUCUUCGCCUUCUUGAUAAUGGCAUCUCUAGCUCUGCUUUCAGGCUACCGCCUUGCCAAAUAUCUUGUGUUUGCAUAGAGAUAAAAAAAAACCUAUCUUGGGGCAAGGGUUAGGGUUAGGGUAUAUCCAAGGGAGAAUGAAAAUAUGUGCUUUUGUAAGGCAGUUUUGCUCUGUUUGUACCAUGAAAACCUCAACACUGGUGUGGGCAGUAUUGAAAUGCAGGUAAACUUCACUCAUCAAUUUAUCUGAUAUUUCAUAUUA